GCCCAAUAUUGGAUCGGAGGACUGUUUGACGAAUUACUGAAUCAGAACAAUUUUCACGAACCAGGCUACGCAAAACAAGCGUAGUAUAAAUCUCCCUCCCUCUCUCUCCCUCUAUCUCUCUCUCUAUACAUUCACUCUCUUUGAUACAAGGGAGGAAAAUCCAGUUAAUCAUCGAAAAGGAUACUCUGAUUCUGUCUGGAUUACAGAUUGUUGUAGAUAUUUCGCUGGUUUUUAGAACCCUAAUUUUGCGCAUUUGUUGGAUGGGAAUCAAUUCAAUACAUUGGUGUUGAACAAAGUGAUUGAAUUAUUCGCUGCAAGUAUAAUCUUGGUGGAUCUGGUUAUGAUGAGAAAGUGGCUGGGGAGGUUUUUGUUUACAUCAGAGAGAAUUAAUUUGAGGGGAUUCAUCGUCGGUGGUGCUAGGGUUCUCUUGUAUGUUUGACAAGAAAUUAGGGGAUCAUUAUGCAGCUACACUUCUCACCUAGCAUGAGAAGUGUAACGAUAUCGAGCAGCAAUGGGUUUAUUGACUUGAUGAAGAUCAAGGUCGCAGCUCGGCACAUUUCUUAUCGAACUCUUUUCCAUACCUUCCUCAUCCUAGCGUUCUUGCUACCUUUUGUUUUCAUCCUCACCGCUCUUGUUACCCUAGAAGGUGUCAACAAGUGCUCCUCAUUCGAUUGUUUAGGCAGGCGUUUGGGUCCAAAGCUUCUUGGAAGGGGUGAUGAUUCAGGGAAACUUGUUAAAGACUUUUACAAGAUCCUUAAUCAAGUGAACCCCGAAGAAGUUUCACAUGACCUACAAAUCCCUGAUAACUUUACACAGCUUGUCUCUGAAAUGAAAAGCAACAAGUACAGUGCCAAAGAUUUUGCUAUCAUCUUGAAAGGAAUGAUGGAGAGAUCCGAGAGGGAGAUUAGAGAAUCUAAACUCCAAGAACUAAUGAACAAACCAUUUUGCAGCAAGUUCACUGCUGUUGUGGUCACUUCUGCAGUCCAGUCCUCUCUAACACCUGAAAAGAUUGUUUUCCAUGUCAUCACUGAUAAGAAAACAUAUGCAGGCAUGCACUCAUGGUUUGCCUUAAACCCCAUCUCCCCUGCCAUUAUUGAAGUCAAAGGUGUUCAUCAGUUUGACUGGUUGACCCGAGACAAUGUUCCUGUUCUUGAAGCCGUUGAAAAUCAUAAUGGAAUCCGUAAUUACUAUCAUGGAAAUCAUAUAUCAGGCACUAAUGUUGGUGAUACUGUUACUCCAAGAUCAUUUGCCUCAAAAUUACAAGCUAGAAGCCCUAAAUACAUAUCCUUGCUCAAUCAUCUUCGCAUAUAUCUCCCAGAGCUAUUCCCGAACCUUGAGAAGGUGGUUUUCUUGGAUGAUGAUGUUGUAAUUCAAAGGGAUUUGUCUCCACUUUGGGAAGUUGACCUUGGUGGUAAAGUCAACGGGGCGGUUGAAACAUGUAAAGGUGAAGAUUCAUGGGUAAUGUCUAAAAGAUUCAGAAACUACUUCAACUUUUCUCACCCACUGGUGGCAAAAAGUUUGGAUCCAAAUGAGUGUGCCUGGGCAUAUGGGAUGAAUGUGUUUGAUCUGCGUGCAUGGAGGUUGACCAACAUAAGAGAAACAUAUCAUUCAUGGCUUAAAGAGAAUCUAAGGUCGAAUUUGACAUUAUGGAAACUUGGGACUUUGCCACCAGCUUUGAUUGCAUUUAGGGGACAUGUGCAAGGCAUUGAUCCUACGUGGCAUAUGUUGGGGUUGGGGUACCAGAAGAAGACAAACAUUGAGAGUGUAAAGAAGGCGGCUGUGAUACAUUACAAUGGGCAAUCAAAACCAUGGUUACAGAUAGGCUAUGAACAUCUUCGACCUUUUUGGUCAAAAUAUGUGAAUUACUCCAAUGAAUUUGUCAAGAAUUGUCACAUCUUGGAGUAGUGAUUGCUUUGGGCAUGAACAAAAGGAUGUGUAAAAGAACAUUCAGUCAUAUAUUCAUACAUAUAUAUAUGGGAAGAUCAAAGUAUGUUGUCAAUUAUAGAAGAAGCAAGAAAUCAUAGCCACAAAUAGAAUGGCAAAAGUCAAAAGGACAAAGGUUGCCACCUGGAACAAAGAUUAAUGCAUGCAUGCAUGAGUGAGAGUUGUGGCAGUGUAAGAAGAUUGAUUCUUUUUGCCUUUUUGGUAUGGUAUGUAACACAAGACUUUCUUUAUUUUUGCCUAUAUUUUUUAGCCAAUAGGAAUUACGUUCAACUUUAGGCUAAUUAGCUUAAGAAAUUAUGAUGAUUCUUUCUUAAUUUUCUCUUGAUUUUACAUAAUUGUGUCUUGAGUUUUUACUUUUUACUUUUUACUUUUUAGGCAGCAGUAGUAGUACAAGGUUGGAAUUGCUUUGUUACAGGAACUUCACAUAUGCAAAGUAUUUGUAUUCAUGAGAAACAUUUAUAAUGAAUGUGCAGUAAAUUCUUUUUU